AUGGGAGGAACUUCAUCAAACCUACCGCAACUCUCCACGACAGAAGUAACAUCCAAGCUCCAGGACCCAAAAUACCUUUUCAUCGACGUUCGAGGAGCUUCCGAACUCGCUGGAGGAAAAUUGGAAGCAAAGAGAUUCCUCAAUAUUCCACACACACAAAUCGCUGCUGAAUUUAAACGUUCCGAAGAGGAAUUCAAGAGUGCCUACAUGAUGGACAAGCCAAGCAAAGACGCUCAUAUCAUCAUCUACUGCCAACGUGGUCGACGAGGAGGCAUGGCUCAGGACGCUAUGGCGGAACUCGGAUACGAGAAUGUCUACAACUGGGAAAAUGGAUAUUCAAGUCUUUAA